UGUGUGUGUGUGUGCGUGCGUGCGUGUGUGUGUGUGUGCGUGCGUGCGUGUGCGUGUGCGUGUGUGCGUGCGCACAGCUCGAGUGUUGUUUACAGCGGUGAUCCUCGGAGCAGCAGAGAGAGAUCACAGGAGUCUGGGCCGCUGCAGUGCAGCUCGGUACCGCAGCAGAAACCUUCAAUGCCAAAGUGUUGUUUUUUUUUGUUUUUUUUUUUAAAUACACAAAACAGGCUAUUAUUUUAGUCGACGUGGAAAACCAUCCGCAAGCCCGAGAGCACGGUGUUAAUAGGGAUUAUUUCUACUGCAGAAAAAGCAGGUCGUGAGAGCGAGAGCGCAGACGGAGGGAGGGAGAAGGAGAGGAGCUGCAGUUGGUCGAAACCAUUUUUGUCCUGGCGGAUAUUUUGGAUGUGGCCCUAUUGGGAAGCUCAUUGAACGGAGGGCUACGUUUUUCAUUCAUAGCCUAUCCGAGUCAUCCUCGGCUGAACCCUGAGCUCGUUGUUUCCUCUCACGUCCCAGGGAUUCACUGCAAUCAGGCCGAGUGUGAACCAAAAACAAUUCGGUUUCCAAUAAGACGGUUUAGUUUGGGAUGAGAGAGGUUUUAGUUUUCUGACUGUGAAGUUAGCUAUAGCGCUGCUUUCUGUUUGUUUUCUCGCUCUCUCUCUCUCUCUCUCUCUCUCUCUCUCUCUCUCUCUCUCUCUCUCUCUCUCACUGAAAUGGAGGCUGAAGAUGCGGAUUGUCGUUCGUGUGAACUGCACGGAUCGAGACGCUUCAGAUGUCCCAGUCGUUGGCAGGAAUAACACGUCUUCAUCGAUCUGAAUGUUUUGUCAAGAGGAACAAUUUAUUUCCAAGUCUGUCCAUCUUGUUCCAGCGCAACCGAAAACGCGGAUUAGUUUUUUCCCCCAUCACUGAUUCUAAGAGACCAUAAGGAGCUGCUUUCGUUUUAAUCUUGGUGUACUGUUUUUAUAGAUGUGGAACAAGGCCUUUCUGUUGCUCAGAAAGCCGCUGAAUGCGACAGGAAUGAGACCAGAAACAACGAGGAAUAUUCCGACCUUCUUCUGGGGUCUGGUGCUGUGUGUGUGCGCGAUGCGCCACUUCACCAGCGGACAGAUUGGAGAGAUCUGUGGACCUCACAUUGACAUUCGCAAUGAAAUCAGUGAGUUCAAGAAGCUGGAGAACUGCACGGUGGUGGAGGGCUACCUGCAGAUCCUCCUGAUAGGAGAUAAAAACCACAACCUUCAACAGGAGUUUCGCAUGCUUAGCUUCCCCAAGCUCACCAUGGUCACAGAUUAUCUACUCCUGUUCCGUGUAGCCGGCCUUGACAGCCUCAGCACGCUCUUCCCCAACCUCAGUGUCAUCCGAGGACGCAAUCUUUUCUACAACAACGCCCUGGUAAUCUUCGAGAUGACCAGCCUAAAAGACAUUGGCCUGUACAACUUGAGGAACAUCACACGAGGGUCCAUUAGAAUCGAGAAGAACCCAGAGUUGUGUUAUCUCGACUCGGUGGACUGGUCUCUCAUUAUGGAUGCAGAGUUUAAUAACUACGUUUCUGGAAACAAGCUGUCCAAAGAGUGUGGCGAUGUCUGCCCUGGCAUUAUGGAGGACAACCCUCAGUGUUUCAGGACCAGCUUUAACGACAAUUAUAGCUUCCGCUGCUGGACCUCCAGCCACUGCCAGAAAGCAUGCCCACCAAAAUGUGAGGGUCAAGCCUGCAUGGAUUCGGGCGAGUGCUGCCACCCACAGUGCCUGGGGAGCUGUACGGAAGCCGGUAAUGACAUGGCAUGUGCAGCCUGCCAGCAUUAUUCCCAUGAGGGCCGCUGUGUGCCAGACUGUCCUCCUGGCACCUACCGUUUUGAGGGCUGGCGCUGCAUCACCAAGGAGGUUUGCGCCCAGGUUCAUUUGCCCAGCGAAGUAGACUUUGUCAUCCACGAUGGAGAGUGUAUGCCUGAUUGCCCACCCGGCUUCAUGCGCAAUGAGAGCCAAAGUAUGUAUUGUAACGCAUGUGACGGCCUCUGUGAUAAGGUCUGUGAAACUAAAACCAUCGACUCGGUGGACGCCGCCCAGUCCCUCCAGGGCUGCACUGUUAUCAGAGGCAACCUGCACAUCAAUAUCCGUCGAGGCAACAACAUUGCUUCAGAGCUGGAGAGUUUUAUGGGCUUGAUCCAAACAGUGACAGGUUAUGUGCGGAUCAAACACUCUCACGCCCUGGGCUCUCUAUCGUUCUUGAAGAGUCUGCGCUACAUUAACGGAGAGGAGCUUUUAGAAAAUAUGUAUGCAUUCUCAGCGCUGGAUAAUCAGCACCUGCAGUAUUUGUGGGACUGGAGCCAGCACAACCUGACCAUCAGAGCAGGUAAACUUUUCUUCCGCUCCAAUCCUAAACUCUGCAUGUCCGAGAUUCACAAGAUGUGGGAGAAGACGAGUGUCACGGAGAAAAUGGAGCAAGAUGAUGUUCGCAACAAUGGGGAACGAGCUAGUUGUGAAAGUCAUAUAAUAAAAUUCAAGACCAACAAUACUCAGAGCAAUCGAAUAAAACUUACCUGGGAACGCUACCGACCGCCAGACUAUCGAGAUCUCAUCAGCUUCAUAGUCUACUACAAGGAAGCACCAUUUCAGAACAUUACAGAAUUUGAUGGACAGGAUGGCUGUGGGUCCAGUUGGACCAUGGUAGACGUGGACCUCCCUCAGGAGAAAUCAUUGGAUCCAGGAGUUUUGCUUUACCCGUUAAAGCCCUGGACUCAGUACGCAAUUUUUGUGAAAGCCAUCACUCUGGUGGUGGAGGAUAAACAUACUGUUGGGGCUAAAAGCAAUGUUGUCUACAUCCGCACCAAAGCUUCCGAGCCCUCAAUGCCAAGGGAUGCCCGUUCAUAUGCAAAUACAUCUUCGUCUCUCGUGGUGAAGUGGUCUCCUCCCAUUUCCCCAAACGGAAAUGCCACCUUCUACCUGCUCCGCUGGCAACAGCAGGCUGAGGACCGUGAGCUCUACCAGCACAAUUACUGCUCUAAAGAACUGAAGAUCCCAAUCCGCAUCUCAGCCACAGCCCUGUCAGAAGUGGAAGAGGACUCUCAGCCCACUAAAUCAGACAUGGCUGGUGGUGAGAAAGGCCAGUGCUGCAAGUGUCCCAAGACAGAUGAAGACAAAAAGGCAGAGGCAGAAGAGCGUACCUUCAGCAAAGCAUUUGAGAACUUCCUUCAUAAUUCUGUAUUCACACCCAGACCUCACAACAGUAGACGUCGCCGGGAGCUAUUUGGUUUUGCUAAUGAUACAUUAGCACGAAGCUUGGGUCAGAACAUGACCGCGUCGGAUGGCAACAUGACAGAACCCGAGCUUGUAGAGAAAGUGUAUCCAUUCUCAGAAACCACAUCUCAGAUAGAGUUCAUGGAGAUCUUCAACCUGCAACCAUUCACUGUCUACCGUAUAGACAUCCACGCAUGCAAUCACGAGGUUCAGCGAUGCAGUGCUGCUGCCUUUGUUUUUUCCAGGACCAAACCUGCAGAAAAAUCUGACAACAUUCCCGGCCCGGUAACCCAUGAGAUGGAUGAGAAGACAGAGGGGAUGGUUCUGUUGAGAUGGCCUGAGCCUCCACAACCUAGUGGUCUCAUCCUCAUGUAUGAACUCAAGUUUCGCCUGGGUUCAGAGCCUGAGAAGCAUGAGUGUGUGUCGCGGCAACAGUACCGUGAGCUCGGAGGAACCCGGCUAACCAACCUGGGGUUUGGCAACUACUCAGUCCGUGUGAGGGCCACCUCGCUAGCAGGAAAUGGAUCCUGGACUGAGUCGGUGUCCUUCUACGUCCCUCAAUCCAAGCAAGCCUAUGACAGUAUGGUCUACCUAGCCAUUACACUUCCCAUAGGGGUGCUGAUCUUAUUCGUUACUGUUAUUAGCACCUUCUUCCUUGUCAAAAAAAAGAGGAACAGUGAUAGAUUGGGGAAUGGAGUUCUCUAUGCCUCUGUAAACCCAGAGUACUUCAGUGCAGCAGAGAUGUAUGUACCAGAUGAGUGGGAGGUGGCUCGUGAGAAGAUCACUCUGUGUCGGGAGCUGGGCCAGGGUUCUUUUGGCAUGGUGUAUGAGGGCAUUGCCAAAGGUGUGGUCAAGGAUGAACCUGAGACCAGGGUGGCCAUCAAGACAGUUAAUGAAUCGGCAAGCAUGCGUGAACGCAUUGAAUUCCUCAAUGAAGCCUCUGUCAUGAAGGAAUUCAACUGUCAUCAUGUGGUACGGUUGCUGGGAGUAGUUUCACAAGGCCAGCCCACUCUUGUGAUCAUGGAGCUCAUGACACGAGGUGACCUGAAGAGUUAUCUGCGCUCCCUGCGCUCAAAACAGCAGGGUUCGUGUAGCCAGGCACUCCCGCCACUGAAGAAGAUGAUUCAGAUGGCUGGCGAGAUUUCCGACGGCAUGGCAUACCUCAAUGCAAACAAGUUUGUCCACCGAGACCUGGCCGCCAGAAACUGCAUGGUGGCCGAAGACUUCACUGUCAAAAUUGGAGAUUUUGGCAUGACACGGGACAUUUAUGAGACGGAUUACUAUCGGAAAGGAGGCAAAGGACUCCUGCCCGUCCGCUGGAUGUCCCCCGAGUCUCUGAAAGAUGGCGUCUUCACCACAAACUCUGAUGUCUGGUCAUUUGGGGUGGUGUUGUGGGAGAUAGCCACCCUUGCCGAGCAGCCUUACCAGGGCAUGUCCAAUGAGCAGGUACUGCGAUUCGUCAUGGAAGGAGGCCUGCUGGACAAACCGGAUAACUGCCCAGAUAUGCUGUUUGAGCUGAUGCGCAUGUGCUGGCAGUACAACCCCAAAAUGCGUCCCUCCUUCCUGGAGAUCAUCAGCAGCAUCAAGGAGGAGCUGGAGCCGUCCUUCAGUGAUGUCAGCUUCUUCUACAGCGAUGAGAACAAGCCACCUGACACAGAGGAGCUCGACGUGGAAAACAUGGAGAACAUCCCGCUGGACCCUGCCUCCACCCUGACUCCACCCUCCUCUCAGGGGCUUACAGAGACUGCUACUUUGCCCUCUGCCCCCAUGACCUGCACCUCAGUCCCUACACCCUCCACCUCACCUUCUUCCUCUACAGCGUCUCCAGCCUUGGACUCACACUUCGACAACACACAGCCGUACGCACACAUGAACGGCGGCCGCAAAAACGAGCGAGCGCUUCCGCUUCCACAGUCGUCGGCCUGCUGAAUUGCCCCACGUGCACACGGUAUCCCAUAUUUUCCCUUACACAUGUUUGUGGUCACUUGUACUUUUUUCUUAGUCGAAAAAACAAACUCAAGGAGCAAAAAUGGAGUCGAUACCCAGAUAGACAAUGUCCUACUGUAAAUCAGUACAUUGCUUACUUAUUUUUAUGAUGAUGAUGAUUAUUAUUAUUAUUAUUUUUAUUUUUAUCACAGUGCAAGAUUUAUGUGUGGCACACAGAAAGGCUGCGUAAUGCUCUGGCAAUAUUUAAAAUGACUCACAUAACCAUCACACUGGGGAGCUGCAGCAGAAACUUCUUUUGUAUCAUAUUUUGUUGCUUUUUAAUUUUCUAGAGGAGGUUUAAAGAGGUAUAAGCAUAUUCUCAGCCAGAGAAUUGUAUAUAAAAGGCUUUUUUUUCCUGUAUCACCCAACAAGCCCAACUUUCUGAGCACUUUUUAAAGGGCUUGUGUGUGUUUGUGUGUGCAUGUCUAGAGGUGUAUGUGGGUUUUUGCCGAAUGAAAACGCAUAUAUUCCUCUCUGCCAUGCUGCAUAUCUUUCCCUCACCUGCUCUCUUUAUCGUCACAUUUCUCUUUCAAGGUAAAGUAGAGGGCAUCUCUGCUAGGAUAGUUUGUUCUCAUUUUAGAACUGUGGCCUGUUUGGUCAAGUUGUCGUUUGCUCCAGCCCCAAAGAUGGGGCUUUUUGAAACUGCCGAUUUUAUUUUAUUUUUUUACCAAAUCAAUACUUCUUUUUCAUAUUUAUUAAUCAGCAUGUUUAUGUUUCCCCUCUUUACUUCCUAAAUUUUGUUUGAACAAGAAAGUACUGCAGUCAUGAAACUAUAGCUCCUACACUGGCCUCAUGCUAUAAUUUUUUUCCUGGUAAAGCAGUCGGUCUGCUCUCCCCUCUGGUAUAGCUCUGAUUAUCCAACUGUGACAUGACCGUGUCCACUCCAGCAUCUGAGAGAUGCACAGCCGCGAUGUGUUGUUUCAAAUGACAUACAAACCAUCUGACAGCGAACGUCGACAAAGAACAUGUUCCAAGUGCUGAGCCAGAUAAGAGGCAUACAAGAUUGUCUCAAACAUGAAGCAAACCGUUUGGGCUAAGAGGAUCACCGGUCUUGACACUUGUUUGCAUAGACUUUGAGGCAUUGUACACGGCAGGUAUUUUGUUCACCUAGUUCUUUGUCUCUGUACAAAUCCGCCAAUUCUACGAAGGUCUUACAGUUGUAUGUUAGACCACCAGAUCAUUUACACACAUCAUUGGUUUGUCACUUUUGAUAACUUUUUUACAGCUCUGAUGUUCUUUGUCUGUACAGAAAGAAGCUGCUAUUUUAUCCUUUUUUUUUCUUCAAGGAUGUUAUAUAUAUAAAUAUAUAAAUAUAUAUAUAAAGAAAUCCUUCAGGUUUAAUAUUUUAUGAUCUCCACUACAGUCCAUUUUCUUAUGCUUUAUACUCUUCUAGCAAAAAAUGAAAGAAAAACAAAAAAAGAACAAAAAAAAGGAAGAAAAAAAUUAUAUUUAAUAAACAGAUUUUCCCCUUCCGCUGAGAGGUUGUCUAGGUUGCCACAUACAAUCCAUUGCCUUAUGUUUUUAAUGUAUUAUUAUUAUUAUUAUUAUUAUUAUUAUUAUUAUUAUUACUGUGUUUGUGUAGGUUUUUACAAAGGCCCUUGGUCUGUGUGAGUAGUUUUGGCACCCUUGUACCAGUUUUCUAGCACUGCACCCCAGGUGCAACUGAAUCUCAGGUCAGAGUUAAGAUUUUGCUCUCUCCAUGCAUCCUUGUCCCAGCUCCUCCUUCAAAUCUGUUGCUUUGUCUUUGGUGUACUGGCGCUCUCUCUUGCUGCUCUGCCUCCCAUGAGUGUUGUACAGUGAUUUUUCUGCCUCCCCCGGUGCCUCAUUCUUAAUUCAAGAUUCAGCUUACUUUUGUUGUGUGUAUGUGUUUUUUUUUAAAUAUCACUAUCACCCCAUCUGUAUAAUUGCUUAGCAUCUGACAGGGCUACUUGGGUCAUCUUAGGUUGCCUUACAAACCCCAACCCGCUCACCUGCACUCUAAUGCAACACGCUGCUGUAGGCUGCAUUCUCCAACGCGCCUCAGCGUAGUCACACGCUCUCGAUGAGUGCAGGCUUCUCUGAUGAAACAUCUGGAAACCAAAUACAGACAGGGCUCCAGCUCAGUGGUCUUGUCAUUUCAUUGAGAGUGAAAGAGGCUCGUUUUUUUGGUUUGAAAAACAUUUAUUUCUAUUUUGAAGGAUUUCUCUUUGUAUUUUGAGUAGUGUCACCCAUGUGUAAUUUGACCCUUGAUAGAAGGCUGUUUUCCUCUUCUGUAGGGUUAUUUAUUCUAUUUUGUGUGUGUGUGUGUGUGUGUGUUUGAGAGAGAGAGAGAGAGAGCGAGAGAGAGAGAGCGAGAGAGAGAGAAGUUUAAAUCACUGUAUAAAUGGCCCAAUGUAUAUGAGUUUUUAAUUGUGUUUUCCAUGAUGUCAUGACUGGGGGACUUUAUUUUCCAUUUCUUUCAAGCAUUUAUCUACCUCACUCUUUUUUGUUAUUAUAUAUGUAUGUUCAUAAAAAAAAGAAAGAUCUCACUAUUUUCUCAUGUCUGUAAGAGACAAACUUCAGCCUCUAGACAAAAAAAACCUCAUCAGCAUCACAAAUCACAUGCUCUCAGAGGACUGGAGAGAGGAGGGCUGUGUAGCUACAUGCAAGCCCAAAACAAGCAGCCCAAACUGUAUCCCACA